AUGGAGUCAGAAAAUGGGCUCUUCUAUAACUAUGAGGACUUCACACGGAUACCAACCAUCAGCUACAGACUUUGUGGCUUUGAUGUGCUCGAUACAGCCAGCAAGCCUCGUCCCAUAUGGAUGAAGCUCUAUCACUGGGCCUGCGUUUGCUCUCACAUCUGCUGCGUGUGGUUCAUGUUCCGGCGUAUCAUUGAAAGGGACACAAUUGGCAACAAUAUUUCGCUGAUAAUGCGUUACGCUACUCUGGUGACCUACGUCGUUAACUCGGACACAAAGUAUGGGACAUCACAACAGAAACACGCUUUUCAAAGGUUAAAUGGUAAACUUGCUGAGCUCUUUCCAAAAUCCAAGCAGUCGAAGAUUGAUCAUCGGAUCAAUGAGUAUUUCUGGCCACGGCCAAUAAUUGUGCUUAUUGUGGUCUAUUAUGGAUCGUCAGCAAUGGUCGUAGUGGGACCCCUUCUGCAAUCAGUGUAUAUAUAUCUAAUGGAGCAGCGCUUUUCUUACGUGCAUUGCUAUCCGUAUUAUAUAUUCGAUCCGGAACAGGAUCCAUUGUGGCAAUACUUCCUAAUAUAUACUUUGGAGUGGUUGCACAGCACCUUGAUGGUCAUAUCGAAUAUGAGCACCGACCUGUGGCUGGUCAACUUUGAAGUGCAGAUAUGCAUGCACCUUGAUUAUAUAGCUCGAUCGUUAGAGAACUAUAAGCCCAGUAGCACGCGAGACUCCAAAGAUCGAAAAUUCAUUUCUCAACUGGUGAACAAGCAUAACAACUUGCUAGAACUCCAGGAAGACAUUAAUGACAUCUUUGGCGGCUCACUCUUGUUGAGUCUUCUUACAACUGCUGGCGUAUUUUGUACUGUGGCUGUUUAUACGCAGCUUCAGGGACUCAAUCUGGAGGGAAUUACCUACGUGGUCUUUAUGUUGACGGCCACAUCUCUGGUUUACUUGGUUUGCUAUUAUGGCGAGAAGGUCAAAACUUUGAGCACAUAUAUAGCCCAUGCCGCCUACAAUCAUAACUGGUCAGAUGCACCGCCGGAUUACAAAAGAUCCAUAAUGAUUAUCAUCGCACGAGCCCAGAAACCAGCUGAACUGACCGCCAUGGGCUAUCUAUCUGUAUCCUUGGACACAUUUAAGCAAGUAAUGACGGUAACAUAUAGGGUCUUUGCGCUUAUCCGACAAAUGAUUGAGUAAAAAAUAAUUUGUUCAAUAUUUAUUGCUGAGCACUGCAUAGUUUAUCUACAUUAGUAA